AUGCCUGUUGUGCAGCUGCAGUUCAUGGCGGACGGGGCGAAGAUGCAGCGGCUGAUGGAGGAGGAGGGCGAGCUGGCAACGCUCAUCGACAUUCUCUUCAGCAGCCUCGACACCGACGGCAGCGGCACCAUCUCCUCCUGCGAGCUCAAGCCCGCGCUCUCCACCAUGGUAGCGGCGGGUAGUGAGAUGAAAGCAGCGCUCUCCACCACGGGGCAGAACAUGGGACUGCACACCCUCUGCCGCGAGUAA